UUUUGUUUUUUUUUUUCCCCCGAGUAUCUCAGGUUUUUCUGGACUGCAUACAUUCAGGUAUAGCUGUUCAUUGAGUAGCAACUGAAGACUUGUUUUCUGUCCAUUGGGCUUAAAUCAACUUAGAUUUGAAAUUUGAUUUGAGGAAUAAUGUAAUGUUGGAAAUAUGCAAAGCUGAAUUUUUAGACAAUAUAAAUUUCAUUUUUUUCUAAUGAGAUAUAUUUAAUGUUACACUUAGAUAAAAUUCUGCAUUAUAAUCUAAGGGAUGGCUCCUUUCCUUCCUUUUUGUAGUGGCUACCUCUCAUCUCCCUUGCAGCCUGAGCUCUCAAGGGGAAGAGGAAGGAAGGGAAAGAGAGCUAUGAACUAUUUUUUUCCAAAUCUUUUUGAUUGCAUGUGAAAUGUAGGAUGGAAAUGAGCCUGCCUGGUUUUAAUUUUUUUUCUCUCUCUUUCUUUCUGUAUGGGCUAUGAUGUUCUAGUGAAGCCCUAUACUGGGGGAAAAAAAAAAUUAAAAACAGGGAACUACAACUUGGUCAGAAGUUUCACAUGCAAUCAGAUAGACUUGAAGUUAAGUGACUUUCUCUUCCAGUAUGGUCACUGGAUGACGGUAGUGCCUUUAAAAAUUCUGUUUUUACGCAUAUGCUUUGCAAGCAAGAAAAUGCUUUUUGGGUCAAGAUGUGUUUUAAAUUUUUCCCUAAGCUUUGUGGUCCACAUUAACGUGAAAGUCAUUGCUCUCAGUGUUUGCGUUACAUUUUGAAGAGCUGAUAAAAUACUCAUUAGCCCUUUUUGGUACUUAAAGAAUGCUGAUAAAAAUUGUUACCGCAUGUGAAUUCAACAAUUAAAAAACUAUAACACUCAAGUAAAAGACAGAAAUGUAAAAUGUGGUAUUUAUCUUUUUAAGAGUUUUUCAGGUAAAUUAUCCAUGAAUGUUUCAUCAGAAUGAAUGCAGUAAUAAACUUCUCCAUGGUCUCUUCUCUUCUCAAGGAAAUUGUUUAACCUCACAAACUAGAUCUUCUUAUUAAGGCUAGAAUUUUAAAUCAUAUUAAUAAACUUAAAAAAAAAAACUUUAGAUGUGGGAAAUACAAUUAUUUCCAUUGACUUACAGUGAGAAAAUGCCUGCACAUUUUUCUCUUAAUUUUAAGAUUUCCUUAUUUUUCAGCUCCCCAAUUUCUCCUCUUCUAAAUCUGAAUCUACAUUUUAUCCUGGUUGUUUUUGUUUUCUAGGUUAACUGGUACUGCUUAUAUGAAAGACUAUUUGCAAUCCUUUUAUACACAUUUGAUCACAGUUCACCAGUUUGUUUAGAUGGAGUUCUUUUCCCUAUUUGGAUCCUCUCUGGCUCUCUGACCCUGUAGAUUAUGUUUCUACAAAUUGAGUUUUCCCUGUCUCAAUUAUAACUGGACUUAAUCAAUCUAGAUAGGCAAAAUUUUAUGUUAACGUCCUCAUUGAAGCCCAGGUGGCACAGUGGUUAAGAGCUCGGCUGCUAACAAAAAGGUUGGCAAUUCGGAUCCACCAGCCACUCCUUGGAAACCCUACGGGGCAGUUCUGCUCUGUCCUGUAGGGUCGCUAUGGGUCGAAAUCAGCUUGAGGGCAACGAGUUUGGGUUUUGGAAUGUCCUCAUUGUUAACUCUCAUUACAUAAAACUUUGCACUAAGACUGCACAUUCGUUUUGUUAACUCUUUGUCUUAUCUCUCCAGCUAGAAUGUGUGCUCUCCUAGGACAGGAGCCUUGACUCACUUAUUUUUAACUUUAUGGUGCUUAACACAAUUCUGGAUUCAUUGUACAUGUUUAAUAAAUAUUUGCAGAAAUUAUGAGUUAAUAUUAGGCUCAACAGUUUAUGUCUUCAAGGAAUUUACAGUCUGUGAAAAUAAAGCAGAAGCAACUAAAGACAUUUGAGAAUAAUUGCAAAAUACUGUAUUAGCCCAUGUAAGUCAUACCUUACAGGGUGCAUACUCUAAUACUAAGGGUAUACAGAUUAAAGGAGUGAUCACAAGAGGAGAGAGUUUUUGAGGUUAUGUAGCCUUGGAAGGAAAACUUGCUCGAAAACAUUUCAGUUUAUGUAUUCAAACCUUCAGUAUGGAAACCAGAAGACCAAUUUUAUCAGUCAACUAUACACCACUAAAACAAGUGAUCUUGUUUAAUUCAAGUUUAAAGUGUUAUCUUGCCUUGGCAUGCUUAUAAUAUCAUUGAUGUUAAUUAGAACUCUGUGCCUAGAACAAUAGAUCUAUAGAGUUGUCUUAUGUGAAUUAAUAGAAAAACAGCAUAAAGGCAUGGAAUAUGAUUAUUACCACAAAUAAAGAUAUAAUUUUUCUCACAUAUAGAAAAGAAAAUAAUAUUUACAUUUAAAAAAUUUCCUGCUUUCUGACCGGUUUAUUUUCCUUGAGCUGUAUCUAGGACUUGGAGGACAGAUAAAAUGAAACUGAGCCUAAAUGUAAAAAUGAAGAACGUUUAAAAUUAAGUUGAGGUACAAAUUUUAUACUUCCUUUAGUUAUAGAUGUUCCCUGCCAUGGCCUAAAAGACUACUCUGAAGGGAAGAAUUAUUGAAGUGUUUCAGAAGGUAAAAGCAUUGUUUGGCUAAGAAUUUUGCUCUCAGUUGGCUCAUCCAAGGAGUCCUGGUGGCUUAGUGGUUAAGAGCUUGCCUGCUAACCAAAAGGUUGGCAGUUUGAAUCCACCAGCCACUCCUUGGAAACCCUAGGGGGCAGUUCUACUCUGUCCUGUGUGGUCACUAUAAAUUGGAAUCGACUUGAUGGCAAUGGGUUUGGUCUAGGUUUUUUUUUUAGGCUUAUCCAAAAUUCAUCACCAAAACACGUCUAUUGAGUAUCAUCUUACACAUGACUCCGUGUUGGGAAUGAUGAUCUACAGUCUGAAAAGAAUGACAUUAAGUAGACAAAGCAAGUUAGCAGAGCCUGUACUCUGAUUUUGUGUUUAAAGUUCAGCCAGGCAAAUAUUCUUUGAGAGUUAUUUUGAGUAUAGCACUUUGCUAGAAGGAUAUUUAUCAAGAUUUCUCUUGGCAGGAAAAAAGAUGAUGGCAGACAAUGCCUUGUUAAGAUAGGUAGCUGUAAAUUUUCUUGUUUAUAAGCAUAUUCUUUACAUGUUUAGAUUGCUGUUUACUUCAUUCACAUUCAAGUUUUAGCACUUGCACUGUUAGGAGCGGAAACCCUGGUGGCGCAGUGGUUAAGUGCUGUGGCUGCUAACCAAAGCGUUGGCAGUUUGAAUCCGCCAGGCAUUCCUUGGAAACUCUAUGGGGCAGCUCUACUCUGUCCUGUAGGGUCGCUAUGAGUCGGAAUCUACUCGACGGCAUUGGGUUUAGUUUUUGGUUAUUGUCAGGAGCUUCUUAGUGUAUUCGUCUCUUGCGUUGCCCAUUUCCUCUCUGUUUGGAAAGCUCUUCCUCCAGGUAUCAGCAUGGCCAAUUUAUUCUCUUCUUUCAGGGUUUUGGUCAAAUGUCACCUCAGUGAGGCCUACCUUGACUGUUUUAUUUAAGAUUAAACCUCAAUCCUCUUUGCUGUGCUCCAGUUUUACUUUUUUUUUUUUCCUACAUAGUUAUUACCUUCUAAGAGGCUAUGUCAUUUACUUGUUUAUCAGUUUAUCAUUUUUAUUGUGUUUUGUCUGUCUUCCCCUACUCCUGCUGGAAUAGGAGCUCCAUGAGGACAAGGAUCUUUGUUUUGUUCACUCAUAUAUCCUAAGUACCUAGAAUAGUGCCAGCAUGUAGUAAACCCAUUGCCACCAAGUCGAUUCCGACUCAUAGUGACCCUACAGGACAGAGUAGAACUCCCACAUAGUGUUUCCAAGGAGCAGCUGGUGGAUUCAAACUGCUGAUCUUUUGGUUAGCAGCCAUAACUCUUAACCACUGUACCACCAGGGCUCCAACAUAUAGUAAGCACUCAGUAAAUAAUUAUUGAAUGAAAGAAUGAAUAUAUUUUACUUAGCAUAGUGCCUGGCACUCUGGAAACACUCAACAUUUUGAUGACUUAAAUAAAGAAUAAGAAAAAACUUUGGGUCAUUGGUCCUCAAAGUUAAGUCCUACAGCCCUAGUUUCAUGGAAACCAGAGGACUGAAGCAAAAAUAUCCUGACAUUUUAGAUUGAUGUUAAUCUCAGGAAUGUUUUUUCUACAUAUGUCUACUUGGAGAGAAAACCAAAAGAAUUGGGUCUGUUUCUACAAGCAUGGAGCUUUUCUUUCCCCUGUGCUUUGCAUUUUUUCCUUAAACCUUUGUUGAAUUACUAGAAACUCCCAUCCCCCCAAAGAGGUUCCUGGUAUAUAUUUUCCAUUCUGUUCUAAAAAUGGGCUGGGUUUUGCUUUAUAAAUGCCUGCUUAUUUAGAAAUCCCUAAUGCUACUGUGCCUGCAAUAAAAAAAAAAUUGUUCACCUUUUGAAUAUGACAGACUAAUAACCACCUGAAAAUUGAAAUUUAUAGUGAAAAUUAAAGUGUGCUGUUUUCAACUAUAGCAGCAAGAUUUCAAGAUGAACUUUACUGCUUUAACCUCGUAAACUUGAAGCAAACCAAGAUAUUCUUAGCCUCUCAUUCAUUUAUUAUCUAGGGAAAAUAUUUAAUAGUUUCAUUUUUUCUGACCUAAGAACCAAAAUUAAAGUUAUGGGAUCUUUAGGUUUUGUUUUGAUUUUUCACAGUGAAAUAUGAGAUUUAUGACUUAAAAGUACUCUAAGAUUUAGGUAACAGAUCUGAUUUACUUCUUAACAGGAAGUUAAAAAGCCUUUCAACAUUUUAUAGAUUUUGUGACAAUCCCGUUUGAACCUUAUCACUGACCCUAUGCUGAAGGAAUGAACACAGGGAAAAGAGACUGGCUGAUAGACAAAUGAAUUUGCUAUUCUGGAUAUACUGUGGGUCAUGUAGGGAUAAAAAGAACUGUAAGGUGGUCUUUUCCCAGCAGGAACUGCGGAAGCGGCUAACACCCCUGCAGUACCAUGUCACUCAGGAGAAAGGGACUGAAAGUGCCUUCGAAGGAGAAUACACACAUCACAAAGAUCCUGGAAUAUAUAAAUGUGUUGUUUGUGGAACACCAUUGUUCAAGUCAGAAACCAAAUUUGACUCUGGUUCAGGUUGGCCUUCGUUCCAUGAUGUGAUCAGCCCUGAUGCAAUCACCUUCACAGAUGACUUUUCUUAUGGGAUGCACCGGGUGGAAACAAGCUGCUCUCAGUGCGGAGCUCACCUUGGGCACAUUUUUGACGACGGACCUCGUCCAACCGGCAAAAGAUACUGCAUCAACUCAGCUUCCUUGUCUUUCAUGCCUGCAGAGCGCAGCGGUGCGGAAGGAAGCAGUGGAGUCUGCAGCCCAGCCCAGGCGGACAAAUCUGAGCUGUAGGAUGGAGAGUAACAAAGUGUUCUUAAGGCACAGCUUACUAAAAACAAAUCAAAAUGGUCUAUCUUAAUAGAUAUAUUUUUUCAAAAAAAAUGUAAAGGCAGUUUUGUGCUAUUGGUAUUUUUUCUUCUUUUGCUUAAACAGAGGCCUGACCGCCAAUGUAUUUUGCUAUUGACUACCAGUAGAUCCUGACCUGUUUAUAGCUUUAGUGAGUGGAGACAGCUUUGUGAAACUUCUUCACAAGCCAUUUAAGUACCAUUUGGCAUUAUUCAAGCCACAUAGCUGAUUUUGAGUCUUUUUUUUUUUUUUUUUUUUUCUUUAAGAGGCAGAGGGUGCUUGGUCUUCAAACGUGAAUAUAGAUAUCUCCUACGCAACAUAGAGACUAGAGCUUGGAAGUGCUUAGAGAUCUGCGAGACACAUGGCCGUAAGGCAUUUGUAUAGAUCUACCUAAGAUAAGGAUGGAGUGAUGUCUUAUGAGACUUCUCAGCUUUGUGGAAAGUUUGAGCUAAGGUCGUUUAUUCUCACUAAAAGGGUGUGAAGGUCUAAAGUUUUUCCUUAUGUUAAAUUGUUGCCAGAUCUGAGGGGCACACCGAAUGUUGUGGCAGAGAAGUAAACAUUACCUCACAGUUAGGACUUUAUUUUAUUUUAUUUUCCAUUGAAAACAUUGGAAUGUAAGACAACUGCAAAAUGUUGAGCCCCAUUUUGUCCAGAAUUCACAAACACCUACCCUUGCCUUUUUAUAAGUGCUUUCCUCUGCACCUAAUGCCAGCUGCAGCUGGAAUGGCAUUUUGGUAAAUUCCACUGUGUAAAAUAUUAGGGACAAGACGCCUUGUCAAGGAAGCAGAAAAAAGACAAAGCAGAAAACACCAAGGAGGAAGUCCUGCAUACUCAGAUAUCCACGGGUAGGCAGAAAAUCUGACAAGAUAUUUUGAGUAACAAACAGAGCCCAAAGGGCUUGUACCUUAUGCACAAAGUUUCAUGUGCCCCCUGGAAAGAUGUGGGGAAUUAAAAUAGAAAUUGCCGGGAGCUCAAGUCUCGCCCUUGACACUAAUCUGCCCUAUGACAAGGGACAAGCCAUUUACCCUCUCUGUGCCUAUUUCUCCCUGUAUAAAAUGGGACUCACAAUAUUUGUAGAAUGUAUUGACACUCUCAGGGCAAAAUUAUGAUGUUGUUGCUAUACAAUUAAGAUCAGUAGUGUAAAAUUAAACUGAUCUGGUUCUAAUUGCCUCAGAGGCUGAAGCACAGGCAUUUGAAAUGGAAAGAAGCAGAGAGGAGGUUACUUAGCAGAUUGGUAUGGAAACAGUUGGGCCAAAAGCCAGAAAGUUCUCUUUGUAGCAAUAUGGCGGGUUUUACUCUGAGACGCUGUGCUCAGUUACUUGAUAACAUUUAGUCCGGUAGAAUGGAUGUCGUUGUGUACAAUCAGGUUCUCAUGGAUAUGAGAGAUGAUGACAUAAACUGAUAUUGCUGUAGCCAGGUGUGAAGAUACAGUUUGCGAAUGAUACAUAUUGUGUCUGUAGCCUUGAUUGCUAAUUCUGAAGUACAGUUUUUUAAAAAAUAUUAUUUUUUGUAAACCUUUGGAGGCUUAUGAAAAGCCAACAUCCUUUUUUGUGAGCACCAAGACAAAAGUAAGAGAAUUACUUGUGAAUUUUAAAGAAAAAAUAAGAAAUUAAAAUGAAAAGUUGUGACAAAUCAAAAUGACAGUGUGAUCAUGUCCACAUUCUUCCAUGUCUCUGUAAGCACCUUCUGAUGAGCCCCUGGCAUUCUGGUGGCUCUUCAUUGUCACUUUUGCUACAACUGUAUAAUUCCAGGUAAGUCUCCCUUAGCUCCCAGGAUGUUUCACUUCAGGCCCUGGGGCCACUAGGGAAUUUGCAGGUUUCACUCCCCUCUAGAAAUCAGAUGUAAAAUCUGAGACCAGACAGAGCCCAUUGAGGCCUCAGCAUCCAUACCAUCCUAGAUACUGUUCCUGACUUGCCUAGGGGUAUGAAGGGAGCCCCAGCAUUUCCCAGAAACCCAAGGAUCCUCACAUGGUGGCAGCUAAAGAAGUGGGUCUCCCAGGGUAUUCCUGUCACAGGAUGCAGCCAUUCCUUCAGGGCUACACACAGAACUUCUCACACUGCUCUAGCUACACAUGGUGGCUUCCCCAGGGUCUGCUGGACAAGAGCCAUGUGUUAGGGUGGACAGGGAAGAUAAAUCAGGGCCUUCUUCCCGCUCUGCACAGAUUCUGGAUUGUCAUUGUUCCUUCAUUUUUAAUGGGGGGCUUAGCAUUCCCCUCAAAAAACUGCUUUUCUAAUCCUUAGCCUUUGUUUCAAGGAAAGCCAGAGUUUCUUCUACUAUACUUUCCAGCAUCGGCUUUAGGAAAAAUGCAGCAUCCAUUGGGGAAAAAAGUGGGGUAUAUGCAUGUGGUUUAAUUCCAGAUUGCUUUUGGGUUUAAGUGGUAUCAAAUUUCACUGUAUUUCUGUCUUAUGUUAAAGAAAUAUAUUACUAAAACGUCAGUGAGCAAUAAUGUCAGCUGUCGAGCCCUAGAUUUAUUUUUGCAGGAUAUAGAGUGCAAUGAACUGAAUCAAUAUGGUGAGGUGUAUGUGAUCUGUGGGAGUUACGCCGUUUAACAUAAGGCAAGAUGGAUUCCUUAAUGUACCAAUAGAAGAUGCAGGAUUGUGUAAAAUCUGCGUACAUACAGUCAUGCAGAAGAAAGAAAGCUGCUGUAUAUAUUGUCUUAGAGAACAUUUCUGUGUGUUUAAACUUUUCACAUCUUAGAUGCAUUUAAAUUUUAAAUGCAAAUGACAUAACAACUUGAAAGCCUCUCCAUAUUAAUUAUCUAUAAAAUGCAUUGCUUUAAAUAAGAAAAACAAUGAAAGGGAUUGUCAUUUGUUUUGGAAGUCAAAUAUUAUUUUUGCCUUAGAUACCUUUGUAAUAAUUUUUCUCCAAACAGUUCAAAACUUUUGAAAAAUGACAUGAAAUUUUCAUUAAGAAAACCCUUUUCCUAUGUUGAUUGUAUACAGAAAUUAUGCAAUAAAGUUUCUUUAUAAAAA